AUGGCGGCACCGAGCCCAAGUGGUGGCAGCGGGAGUGGUUCUCCUGGAGCCGUGGGGCCCCCAGGGUCAGGCAACAUGGCUGUCAGCAGCAUGCAGGACAAACGUAAAGAACUGAAGCUGAAUUUUGCAAAUCCGACUUUGAAAUCUACAGCACAAUUUACCUUGAAUCCUUCAGGAGCCCAAAACCCACACAUGGAGAGACUGAGACUACACAGCAUCAAAUCAUCAGGAAAACUGAAGAUCUCCCCCGAACAGCACUGGGAUUUCACUGAAGUUGACUUGAAAGACCUUGGAGAAAUUGGAGAAGGAGCUUAUGGUUCUGUCAACAAAAUGGUCCACAAACCAAGUGGGCAAAUAAUGGCAGUUAAAAGGAUUCGGUCUACAGUGGAUGAAAAUGAGCAAAAACAGCUUCUUAUGGACUUGGAUGUGUUGAUGCAAAGUAGUGACUGCCCAUACAUUGUCCAGUUUUAUGGCGUACUCUUCAGAGAGGGUGACUGUUGGAUCUGUACGGAACUCAUGCCUACCUCAUUUGACAAGUUUUACAAAUAUGUAUAUAGUGUAUUAGGUGAUAUCAUUCCAGAAGAAAUUUUAGGUAAAAUCACUUUAGCAACUGUGAAAGCACUAAACUACUUAAAAGAAAACUUGAAAGUUAUUCAUAGAGACAUCAAACCUUCCAAUAUUCUUCUGGAUAGAAGUGGAAAUAUUAAACUCUGUGAUUUUGGCAUUAGUGGACAACUUAUAGACUCCAUUGCCAAAACAAAAGAUGCUGGGUGCAGGCCAUACAUGGCACCUGAAAGGAUAGACCCAAGUACAUCGGGACAAAGAUAUGAUGUCCGUUCUGAUGUGUGGAGUUUGGGGAUCACACUGUAUGAGCUGGCUAUGGGCCGAUUCCCUUACCCAAAGUGCAACAGCAUGUUUGAUCAGCUGACACACGUGGUAAAAGGAGACCCCCCACAGCUGAGUAAUUCCAAGGAAAGGGAAUUUUCCCCAAGCUUCAUUAACUUUGUCAACUUGUGCCUUACAAAGGAUGUAUCCAAAAGACCAAAGUAUAAAGAACUUCUGAAACAUCCUUUUAUUUUGAUGUAUGAAGAGCGCACAGUGGAGGUUGCAUGCUACAUUUGUAAAAUCCUGGAUCAAAUGCCAGCAACUCCCACCUUUCCUGAGUAUGUUGAUUGA